CCUAAUCUAUGAACUAAUUCUAAAUUUCUAACUAGAGAUAAAUCACUCACCUUGAAAUCGGCGUAGAAUUACAAAUCAACUUAACAAGGAAAUCCGGCAAAGAAACCUCCGGCAAAACCUUCGCUAUUUCCCCCGUAUGGCGCGCACGAACAAAGAAGAAAGGCGACGGUGACGAUCGACGAAGUCGGCAACGGAUCGAAGAAGAUCGUGCCCCUGGUUGUUCCUCUCUCUCCAAUUACCGCUGCUAAGUCCGUGAUCAAAAGUAUGAAGCCUGAUGUUGGAUCCGGCGAAUCCGUAGGGUUCGGAGCAAACGAAGGAUGCGAUGUGGGAUCGUAUCGAGGAGAAGUUCUUCAAGGCAAUGAACAAGGACGACUCCUACGUACCCGGGACCAACUCACUUCCAAAUGGAGUCACAUCAACCGUAAAGUCCAAAAGUUUAUCGGAGUUUAUGAGGAAUGCGCCCGAUCCCGGAGGAGCGGGACGAACGAGACCGAUGUUCUCCGGCUUGCCACGACACUGUAUCAAGAUGACUGGCACCAAGGCAAGGUGCCCAUCGAUCUUUGGAGGAUUUUGAGCCGUUUCUCGAAGUGGCAACAACUCAACAAUCUCGACGGCGGAUCGUCAAAGAAAAGAUCCUCCGUCGACGCUGAGAUUGAGGUCGACGACACUAUCGGCUCGUCCGAACAAAUGUCUCCCUUCAUUGUUGCGGAUUCCGAUGACGAUGACCCCAUUCCACGGCUGAUCGGAAGAAAGAAGCCAAAAUCCAUUGCCUCGGGUUCGGGAGGGUCCGGCUCUUUUUCCGUUUCUUCUCGCAACGAAAUCGGUCGGGCAAUGGUUGAACAACUUCGGGUGUUCAAUCUUCGAGAAGAAGAGAGGAUGAAGCUAAAGGAGCAGGAGAUGAAGCGAAAGGAGCAGGAGGACGAGAUCAAAAUCAUGGAAACCGAUCUUUCUACGUUAUCGGGUUUCAAACGGAUGAUCUACGAGCAAAGACAAAGAGAGAUCAAGGCGAAAUAUAAUUUACCUUAGUUUUUUUAUUAAUGUAUCUUUUUUAUUAUUGUCGUUUUUUUAGUUUAAUGAAUAUAUUUUUUUAAAUUUUAAAUUAUUGUCGUUUCAAUUUCUUUAAAUUUAAUGAAUGUAUUUUUUUAUU